AUACGAUUCUUGAGCUUCGUACCGGACGGAACGCCUUGCCCUGCUGAGAUGUAUAUCAACACUUUACGUCUCUCCUUCCUACCAAAGUCAGUCUUGACUCUACUCUUCCUUGAAUCUCUUCCUUCCCUACCUUGUGCCCUUCUCACCUUUCUCACCCUUCUACCUGUUUUUACUAUUUUACCUUCUCUCUCUCUUCAAAUUCUCACUAUCCUCUCCUUCCACCUCACCUUCUCUCACAUCUAUUUCGUUCUCCAUUCCUCCACAAGGUCCAAAGUAUGUUCCGUUGUGCCUCAGAUUUGCUCACUGUCUAGGAAGGUUUUUUGACCAAGAGGCUAGCUUUCAUGAGAAAGAUUUUGUUCGAAAUUGAUCAAUUUUGAAGAGAAUCUACGGUCGGAUUGGGAGUCCAAUUCGACCGGGAGUAAGGGCAGAGCAUGAGCCACCUCGAGAGCCCUCAA